AUGGAGGACUUAUAUAGUCCACAUAGAGAGCUGAACCGGGUGUGUCUCCGUUUCUCAGUGUCUCAGUGUGUCUCAGUGUCUCAGUGUGUCUCAGUGUGUCUCAGUGUGUCUCUAUGUGUCUCUGUGUCUCUGUGUGUCUCUGUGUCUCAGUGUGUCUCCGUUUCUCAGUGUCUCAGUGUGUCUCUGUGUGUCUCAGUGUGUCUCUAUGUGUCUCUGUGUCUCUAUGUGUCUGUGUGUCUCUGUGUGUCUUGUGUCUCAGUGUGUCUCAGUGUGUGUCUCAGUGUGUGUCUCUGUCUCUGUGUGUCUCUAUGUGUCUCAGUGUGUGUCUCAGUGUGUCUCUGUGUGUGUCUCUGUGUGUGUCUCAGUUGUGUCUCUGUGUGUCUCUGUGUGUGUCUCUGUGUGUCUCUGUGUGUGUCUCAGUGUGUCUCAGUGUGUCUCAGUGUGUGUCUCAGUGUGUGUCUCUGUCUCUGUGUGUCUCUGUGUGUCUCAGUGUGUGUCUCAGUGUGUCUCUGUGUGUGUCUCUGUGUGUGUCUCAGUGUGUCUCAGUGUGUCUCUGUGUGUCUCUGUGUCUCUGUGUCUCAGUGUGUGUCUCUGUGUGUCUCUCUGUGUGUCUCUGUGUGUCUCUGUGUGUCUCUAUGUGUCUCAGUGUGUGUCUCAUGUGUCUCUGUGUGUGUCUCUGUGUGUCUCAGUGUUUCUCAGUGUCUCUGUGUCUCAGUGUGUCUCUGUGUGUGUCUCUGUGUGUCUCAGUGUGUCUCAGUGUCUCUGUGUCUCUGUGUGUCUCUGUGUGUGUCUCAGUGUGUCUCUGUGUGUGUCUCUGUGUGUCUCUCUGUGUGUCUCUGUGUGUCUCCUCUGUGUCUCAGUGUGUCUCAGUGUGUCUCAGUGUGUCUCUGUGUGUGGUUCCAGUCACAGCUCUGGAACAAUCAGCCCUCUGUUUGUCACAAUACAGACUCACUGUUAUUGUACUGCUUGCCCGCCCACCCC